AAACUGCGCAGGUCCGUACCGUAUCGAUUCAAAAUACACCCUGCUCUCUCUCGUCCCGUCCUCUCCCAAAACAAAGCUUUAAUUGACGUCCGUCGUUCCGUCAUGCCAAACAGCUAACAACCAUGAAUCGCCUACUCUUGAAACUACUAGCAAUAUCGGCUGUAGCCUCAGCCGGCAAAGAAUCCCUCUACAAAAAACAAUUUCCUCCUUGUAAGUCGUGCAAGGUGUUCGUCGACAGCUUCAACAAGAACCAGAAGGCCAAGACGCCUGAGAAGCUCUGUCUGGAUGUGGUGGAAGGUAGGGACCAGUGUCUCUCCUUCGCUGAGCAACACUCAGAGGCUUUGAACCGGUGGUGGUCGGAGGAGAAGCAGAAAGAACAACCUUCCGACGUGUUCCGCCACUUCUGCAUCGAAGAGGUUAAGUUGUGCUGCCCGGAGAACCAUUACGGACCGGACUGCGUGCAAUGUGAAGGUUACCCCGACGACGUGUGUCACAACAACGGCAAGUGCAAAGGGGCUGGCACCAGGAAGGGAAAUGGUGGUUGUCAUUGCGACGAAGGUUAUGGGGGUGACAGGUGUGACAGUUGCUUAUCAGGAUACUUCGUGGCGUAUCAGGACGACAAAAAACUGCUGUGCACCGGCUGCCACCCAGCAUGCAAAGGUCCCUGCAACGGUCCAGGCCCCGAAGGGUGCGAAGUCUGCAAAACCGGCUGGCUCACCGACAAGGACAAGGGCUGCCUGGACGUCAACGAGUGCGCCGCUCCCAAACCGCCCUGCCGCAUCGACCAGUUCUGCGUCAACAACGAGGGCUCCUUCAAGUGUCUAGCAUGCGACCCGUCCUGUCACUCUUGCACCGGCGACGGUCCGGACAUGUGCAACCGGUGCGCCAAGGGUUUCGUGCUCAACGACGGCAUGUGCGUCGACGCGGAACGCGAGAGUAGACUGCGUCACGUGUACGUCACGCGGUAUCUGACGUAUCUCGGGCUGUGCGUGGCCACGUGCAUCAUCUUCAACAAGAACACCGUGCUGGCCGCUAUCAUUGGCAUCGUGGUGGCCGUCUACAUAUCGACGUCGGAAUACGUGCUGAACACCAAUCCGACGCCGAAGACGGACGGACUGGCGCAGAGGAUAAUGAACAAGAUCACGAGCUGAGCCUAGUGACGUUUUGGUGAUCGGCGAGGACAACAGAUGGCGCGGACGGUCGCGUGACUUUGUACAGGCAGUGACGUGAAAGGCGGUCCCGUUUUUCUAUUGGUAGGAAGUCCAGCAUGCUCCGCCUAUUGUCAAAUUGUUUGAGGUUAGGGUAACGUUUAUGUUAGGUCCAGUUCUAUAAUCCAUGCGAAAAGGCUCCUUUUGGUAGAGACCUAUUCAUUAGAAUGUCACCUUAGAAGGGAGUUUCAAAGUGGCUUCCUUUUAUGCGUAACUGACAAGUUUUCUAGGGUUGGCUAUUAUGAGAACUAGUGAUUUAUUGCUUGCAUCUGGUAAUAUUUCAUAGAAAUUGAAAUUUUGAUGGACUUUAAUUUCGAUAAUGGAACUGGCCUUUAACAAGAGAAUACAAAGAAUUAGUUUUGAAAGCUACAAAAGAUCAAUUGAAAAAUUCAUGAAAUGGAAGUUCAAUAUGAUGUAUAAUAUUUGGCACUAUAAAAAAAAUAGACUUUUAUAUUGACAUCCUCAUCAUUAGACUUCUUAGAUUAAUUAAAACUUUUAAGUUUUAAUUAAUCGAGUUUUCGAAGCUUUUAAGAGCAUUGUACAUUUAACGACAUACUUUUUUUGUCAGUUAGAUUAUCGUUCUAAGAAGCAAACUAAAGUUUGCUGUACAUUUUGACAAAAAACGUACUUGAACCACAAUUCAAACAUUUUGACAUAUUUAGGACCCCUUGUCGCCACUGUGUCUAUUUAGUAAUUGCACGUAAUGUGAUCUUCGUUUUUUAUUUCGGUUUUUUAUAGAAUAACAGAAUUAAACGUAUUAGUGUCAGCUAAUAAGAGGACGAAUACACCUAUUUUCUAUGAGUGUGAGUUUAGUAUUAUAAUAAUAUAUGAAAAACUAUAUACUAACCUUUUUUUAUAUAAUUGUAUUUAGAAUUAUUAUAUAUUAUUAUUAUCAAUUAUUAGUCUUGAAAUUUGAGUGUUCAACAUUCCUUAGUGAAGAAAUGUUGUCCAUUGGAUUCGGAUUUCGCGACUAACACAGUGGUCACUCAAACUUUUCAGGAGCUCAGUGACAUCAUCAGAAAUUUGAUAGCAAUGUAUAAAACCCUGGUAUUAGAACCAAUUUUGUUUAGCUUCUUCUGUGUUGAAUUAAAAUUUUUCAAAAAAGCAAUACCUACUA